ACGAUAAUAAGUAAGUUGUAUAGCAACAAUGCCAAGGGUAGUGCGGAAAUGAAAAAGAAAGUAAUGGAAAAAAAAAGCAUUGGCAAAGAGUUCACAGCCGCAUAGUACGCGCGCAAAUAUGGCGGAUACAAGCUUGGGUCCCUCACUGUGCCUCAAUCUCCCAAAAACUCCUCUCCAUGUUUCUUCCAGAUCUUUUCUCUCUAUGGCCUUUCCUCCUUCUCAUUGCAAUGCUUCAUCCGCUUCCAAUGACAAUAACCCUAACCAACCCUCUCUCCUCGUAUUCUCAGGUGGAACUGCAUUUAAUGGCGUAAUUGAGGAGCUUAAAAGCUUCACGACUCGUAUAGCUCAUGUUCUUCCUGUUUCCGAUGAUGGAGGUAGCACUGCUGAGAUUGUUCGCGUUCUUGGUGGUCCGGCUGUUGGAGAUAUACGCUCAAGAUGUUUGAGGUUAUCUGAUCAGAGUACGGCGGAGGCACUCGCUGUGCGUAGAUUGUUAGGUCAUCGUUUACCACUCGAUGCACACCAGGCCAAAUCGGAGUGGUAUGAUAUUGCGGAAGGAGAAAAUUCUCUAUGGGAUGGUGUCUCAAAGCCCUAUAGGGAAACUAUUCGAGCAUUUCUGGCCUACUUUCAGAACCAGAUUCUUCGACGGUCUGAAAUGAAAUUUUGUUUCAGCAAUGGAAGCAUUGGGAAUUUCUUUUUUGCAGGCGCUCGUAUAUUUUUCCAGUCGUUAGAUGCUGCAAUUUUUCUGUUUUCACGUGUUUCAGACAUCCCAUCGGACAGCCUUGUCCUUCCAGUGAUUUCCACUAAUGACAGGCUUACAUUAGGAUGCGAAUUACAGAACGGGACAAUAAUACGUGGCCAAAAUGAAAUCUCUCAUCCAACGACUGGACCUUCAGAAAUUAUAAAUAAGGGAAACAGUUUGGCUCCUGCACUUCCUUCAAGAAUAAAGAGAGUAUUCUACAUGUCAAGUGAGGGAUGUAAUUUGCUGCAUGAGGUUUUCCCCCCUGUAAAUCCUGUUGUCCUCAACCAGUUGAAUGAGGUGGACUGCAUUGUUUAUGCUAUGGGAUCGCUCUUCACUUCCAUAUGCCCAUCACUGGUGUUGCUUGGAAUUGGUGAGAUCAUUUCAUCAAGAUCCUGCCCGAAGGUGCUUCUGUUGAAUGGCACACAUGAUCGCGAGACUAGUGGUUUCACUGCUUCUUGUUUUACAACUGCCAUUUCAGAUGCUUUAAAUAGAACUUAUGGAGACACGCAUAAUUGUUUAAAUAACACUCCGGAUCAGUACAUCAACACUAUUUUGGUGCCCAAAGAUGGUGAGAUUCCAGUAGAUUUUCAAGCCUUGGCUGCACAAGGAAUCUUUGAUGUGAUUGUUGUUGAUUCCGUACGCGAUUCUAAAGUUGGUGUAGUAUUUGAUCCCAAAUCUUUGAUUGGAACUCUAGCGAAGUUGAUUGCAAGAUAUACAAGAUCACAUAUCUCAGUACAGGUUUGAACUCUCUAAUAUACCUACUUAAUCUAUCCAAUGAUAAGACAUGCUCCUCAGAUGAACAUUUUGAAAUGUCAAUACAGGAGCAGACCCACUUUUAUUGUCUGGCCUUUUACCUGCCCUCGCUGUAUUCGCACAAUCGUUGCAAAGUUUGUUUGAUUCAUCCCCAAGUAUUUUAGUCCAUCUCCUGUAAAGAAGUUACCAUACCAUCCAAUCUUUAUUAAUGUAUUUAAAAUAUGGUUUUACAACGUAGUUCAGGAACAUGGAAAAACCCUCACCCGAAACUAACUCUGAUUAUGCUUCUAUCUAUUUUCUAUUUUUCUCUUCUUAGUAAGAUUCAUCCUAAGAAGCAUUGAUAUUGAUAGGUUUAUUGUAGAUUGAUAUCUGUUGUAAUAGCUCGUGGGACAAGUUCUCUAUUGUGGUGUCCUUAGCAACAAAACCACCUCUGGUUAUCUCUAGGUGUAUGAUAAAGGAGGUUAUGAAUUGAACCUACUGGGAUCCACCUAUCUAGGUGAUGGACAUAUGGCAACAACUACCCCAUGACCAAGGAGGUGGAUGCCAAUUGUGAUGGGAAAUUAUUUGAGAUUUUUUUCAGUGGGAAUAUUCGACGAUGAUUAUUUGUUUGAGUAAGCCAUCAAAUCCCAUACUGUGGUGCGCCUUUUAUUUGAUGAUUUGAUCUUUCCUUCA